AUGGCAAGCUAUCAACCAGGACAGGACUUUAGUUAUGAAACAUUUACAAACACAAGUCUACCGAAUCCUUUCGAUUGUUCGGGCAGAGCUGGUCAAGGUACGUGCUCGUCAAUGCACUAUUCUUACGGUUUCCCUUGCAUGCCAACCCAACGCCAGGAGUAUUUUUGGACUCCCUGUAAAUGUAUUGGUGGUAAUGAAGACAAGGUAAAACCACCGUAUAGUUAUAUUGCUUUGAUUGCCAUGGCAGUGGAAAGUCGACCAGAUAAGAAAAUCACUUUGAAUGGUAUCUAUCAAUUCAUCGUCGAACGAUUUCCGUACUAUCGAAAAAAUCGUCACGGUUGGCAAAACUCUAUAAGACACAACCUCAGUCUGAAUGAUUGCUUUGUAAAAAUACACAGAGACGAUAAGAAGUCUGGAAAAGGCAGUUAUUGGACCUUGCAUCCUGACAGUUAUAACAUGUUCGAGAACGGCAGCUAUUUACGACGAAGAAAAAGAUUUAAGAAAAAGAAUGCGAGUACAACACAGGCUGCUCGUUCUUCCAUGGAGAAAGAAAUGAGAGGAACGGAAGAAACUGGAACGUGGGCGCCUGUUUGCUCGAGUCAGGAGAGAACAAGCGUGUUAAAUAUGUUGCCUCAACAUUACAUGCAUCAUGGAGUGAACGGGAACAGUGAAAGCGAGACAACGUUCAAUCACAAUGCAAAUUAUCAAAUGAGCGGAACAAGUGGAACUUUACAAAGCGUAUGUAAUAGGCGAGAAGAAAGGCACAAUGUUCAGAAAUUAGAGCAAAAUCCCACAACCAGUUAUAACAAUAAUAACGAGUGGCGCUUUUCUUUCAAGACUAACCAAACAAACAACACUAUUGCACCUUUUGAAAGCAUCCCUUCACAAGGAAAGACGAAAUACUUCCAAAGCUAUUCAACCGAGGAGCUGUAUCAACAUUCUCAGCCGACUAGAUCAAGUUGUAGCGUUGUUGCUUCAAGAAAUAAUGCGAUCAUGAAUGGGCAGUAUUUUCCUGUAGAAGCGACGAGGGAACCCAAACGCUUCACAGAGAGAUCCGAUUCUUUACGGAACGGUUUUCCCAUCGUUUCACAGGAGCACAGCUAUCGUGAGACUUACUCAAAUACAAGAUGCUCAACAAGAGGACAGAAACUUUAUCAAGUUAAUUCACGAACAAUAAAUGAAUGGAAUAGUUUCAAUCCUCCAGAAGCCAUGCACAACCAGCAACAAUAUGAAAAUGAUAUCUAUCCGAGACCAACGUUUACUAAUAACCCAUCGUGGGUGUGA